AUGCUGUCCUCGUCCUCUCCUCCUCCUCCUCCUCCUCCUCCUCCGCAUCCUCCUCCUCGUCCUACUCCUCCUCCUCCUCCUCCUCCUCCUCCUCCUCCUCCUCCUCCUCCUCCUCCUCCUCCUCCGCCGCCGCUGCCGCCGCCGCCACCUCCUCCUCCUCCGCCGCCGCCUGCUGCUUCUGUUUGUCCGUUGCCUCCUUUUGUUCCGCCGCCACUCAUCCCCAAGGGGCAUCAGCCGAGGACCAUCGGGCUAUGGUCUCUUGUUGCGAUCACCUACUUCGCCGUGGCGGGAGGCCCAGAGGGAACAGAGACGAUGGUGCAGACGGGAGGUCCCAUGCUCGCCAUCGCAGGUGUGAUCAUCAUCGGCGUGAUCUGGUCGAUCCCCGUUGCUCUCAUGACGGCCGAGUUGGCGACGGCCUUCCCUGAGAACGGAGGAUACACCCUCUGGGUGGGAGCAGCGUUCGGCAGCGUGGUGGGCGAGAUGGCAGGAUGGCUGCAGUUCGUGUCGAACUCUGUGGACGCAGCGAUCUACCCCGGGCUGUUCCUCUCCUACCUGGAGGCGACUCUGCAAGAUGACCUCAAGUCAAACCCCGUGACCUCCUGGGGGAUCAAGAUCGUCUUCAUCCUCUUCAUCACUGCCUUGAACUUCGCUGGGAUCCAGUCCGUGGGACAUGGGUCUGUCGUGUUCAUGCUGAUCCUCCUCACCCCGUUCAUGGUCAUCGUCCUAAUAUCCUUCACGGGAUUUUUCACGGGCGAAACCAUCCUGGGAUGGAAGUUCGACGGGAGCCACCCCGAUUGGUCGAGCUUCAUCAUGGUUGUGCUGUGGAACAUGGGGUACUGGGAAGGUGGGAGCGUGUGCGCAGGGGAGGUUGCAAACGUGGCGGAGGUCUUCCCGCGAGCCAUUGCAAUCGUCCUCGUCAUUGUUGUCCUCAACUAUGGGCUGCCGAUCAUGGCGUUCGCGGGUCUGGACAACAACUGGGCGGCCUACGACAACGGGUACUACAUCCACAUUGCCAUGGAGCAUUGCGGGAAGUUCUUCGGCCUUGCGCUCGGAAUGGCACAGUGCGUGAGCGUGACGGGAUUGUUUGCCAACGCAAUGGUGAAGAACUCCUACAUGGUGUGCGGGAUGGGCGAGCAGGGAAUGUUGCCCACCGUGUUCGCUGAAAGGUUGCCUGUCACUGGAGCCCCGUGGCUGUCGCUGACGGUAACCGUGGCGCUGAUCUGCUCCGUCAUUCCUCUCAAGAGCUUCAAGACGAUUCUCGGGGUGGACAUGAACCUCUACUGCAUCGCCCUCCUCCUCGAGAUCUUCGCCGUCAUCCGCCUCCGCUACUCCCAGCCCGACCUGCCCAGAGCAUACCGCAUUCCUGUGGAGGGCGUGUGGCUGUGGCUUCUGUUUAUCCCUGCCAUUGCGGUGACGUUUGUCGCCCUUGUGCUCGGAGGAUGGGUGGAGAUUCUCGUCUCCUUGUUCCUCAUCCUCCUCGGCGUUGUUUUCAUCGGCGUCCUCCAGCUUCUCAGAGCUUACAAGCCGGAAUGGUUCAAAGGAGUGGAUGCAGUGCAGCAUGUGCCGGAUUCUUCGUGGUUGGGAUUUCUCUCUGGCAAGGAGGAGGGAAAGGCGCAAGGAGAUUCCUCAGUCCCCUAAGGAGGAGGAGCAGGCCCGCGCAGGG